CAGCCUUUGCUGUGGAACCCUAGGCGCCCACAUUGGGAUCUGAACCAAUGAUGCUGGGUUCUCCCACAUCUCCAAAACCAGAGGUUAAUGCCCAGUUCUUACCUGGAUUUUUAAUGGGGGAUUUGCCAGCUCCAGUGACCCCCACAACCUCGAUCACUUAGUGGUCCUUCAGUAGGAGUAAUGGAAAUGAGAUCACCUUUACUUGCAGGUGGGUCACCACCACAACCAGUUGUACCAGCUCAUAAAGAUAAAAGUGGAGCUCCACCAGUUAGAAGUAUAUAUGAUGACCUUUCCAGCCCAGGGCUUGGAUCAACACCUUUAACUUCAAGAAGACACCCAAACAUGUCAGUAAUGCAGAGUCCUCUUGUUGGAGUUGUCACAACUACUCCUGGAACAGGGCAAAGUAUGUUUAGUCCAGCAAACAUUGGUCAGCCACGAAAGACAACAUUAUUUCCUGCCCAGUUGGAUCCUUUUUAUACUCAAGGAGAUUCUCUGACUUCUGAAGAUCACCUUGAUGACACAUGGGUAACUGUGUUCGGGUUUCCUCAAGCAUCUGCUUCCUAUAUAUUAUUACAAUUUGCACAAAAUGGGAAUAUCUUAAAACAUGUGAUGUCUAACACAGGAAAUUGGAUGCAUAUCCGUUAUCAAUCCAAACUGCAGGCCCGGAAAGCCUUAAGCAAAGAUGGGAGGAUUUUUGGAGAGUCCAUCAUGAUUGGUGUAAAACCAUGUAUAAAUAAAAGUGUUAUGGAAAACAGUGACAGGUGUGCUUUGUCGUCUUCAUCUCUAGCCUUUACACCACCAAUCAAAACCUUAGGUACACAAACGCAACCUGGAAGUACUCCUAGGAUAUCUACCAUGAGACCUCUUGCUACAGCAUACAAAGCUUCUACUAGUGACUAUCAGGUCAUUUCUGACAGACAGACACCAAAAUAAGAUGAAAGUCUUGUAUCCAAAGCAAUGGAGUACAUGUUUGGCUGGUAGUAUAGUAAGAGCUAAGAACUCAAUCAACUGCAAAGGAGG